GACGGCGAGAGCGGCCGGGAGCAGGAUGCGCUCCAAGGGCGAGGCCCCUGGGCCGGCGGCGCCGCUGUGAGGGGCGCUGAGCCUGGUGUUGAGCGCGCUGCUGGGCAAAGUUUUUGGCGGACACAACAUCUUUGUUUGUAUGUGGUGCUGAGGAUGGAACCCGGCCGCACGCAUGCCAGGGAGAAGAUGAGCCCAGAGCCAGGCCACAUACAGCCUUGCCAGUGGGGUGCUCCAGGGAACCCACAGACAAGCCCAGAACAGGCAAUCAGUACCCAAAGGACCCUCAGACCGAGCCCUGGAGAAUGCUGGGGAGAAAUCCUGUGCUGGUGUGAGCCUGACAGAUGCAGGAGGACACAGAAGUUUUGAACACCGCCAUUCUCACCGGAAAGCCUGUCUCGGUCCCUGUCAAAGUCAUGGGGGUUCAAGAGGACGGUUCCGUGGUGGAUGUGUCAGAGGCUGUGGAGUGCAGGUCAGCCGAUGAGGACAUCAUGAAGGUUUCCAACAACUGUGACUCCAUUUUUGUGAAUGGGAAGGAAAUGAAGAGUAAAGUGGACAAGAUAGUGAACUUCACCCAUCAGCACUUCAUCUCCCUGGUGGAAGUCACUGUCUGGGCACCCCGACUCCCCUUGCAGAUUGAGAUCUCAGACACAGAGCUGAGCCAGAUCAAGGGUUGGAGGAUCCCGGUGGCCUCCAACAGAAGGCCCACCCGGGAGAGUGAAGACGAGGAGGACGAGGAGAAGAAGGGGCGAGGCUGCUCCCUGCAGUACCAGCAUGCCCUGGUGCGCGUCCUCACCCAGUUUGUGACUGAGUCAUCUGACUUGGGUCAGCUGACCUACAUGUUGGGCCCAGACUGGCAGUUUGACAUCACUGACCUUGUGACAGAGUUCAUGAAGGUGGAGGAGCCCAGAGUCGCCCAGUUACAGGAUGGCAGGACCCUGGUUGGUCAGGAGCCGGGAAUCACCACUGUUCAGGUCCUCUCACCUCUCUCUGACUCCAUCCUGGCUGAGAAGACAGUGAUUGUCCUGGAUGACCGCGUCACCAUCGUGGAGCUGGGCGUUCAGCUGGUGGCUGGCUUGUCCCUCUCCCUGCAGCCUCACAGGAUGGACCGAAGGGUCAUCGUCUCCACAGUGGUUGCCCAGGAUGUCCUCCAGGCCCCACAGCAGGAAGCCAUAGUCAGUUCUUGGAUUUUGUUCAGUGAUGGCUCCGUGACACCUUUAGACAUUUAUGAUCCCAAGGAUUUUUCCAUAACUGUCUCAUCAUUGGAUGAAAUGGUGGUGUCUGUCCAGCCAAACUUGCAGUCCCAGUGGCCAGUUGUGGUUGCAGAGGGCGAAGGACAAGGGCCCCUGAUAAAGUUGGAGAUGAUGAUCAGUGAGCCUUGCCAGAAGACCAAGAGGAAGAGUGUUCUUGCUGUGGGUAAAGGAAACGUCAAGGUCAGGUUUGCACCAGGCAUCGAGGAGGAGCACCGAGGAGGCAGCAAUGACAUUGAGGGUGUGAACCGGGAAUACAAAGAUCACCUGAGCAACUCCAUAGAGCGGGAAGGGAGCCAGGAGCGAGCAGUCCAGGAGUGGCUCCAGCGUGGGGGCCCUGCUGGCCCAGAGGACAGGACCAACAGGAGCACAACCCUGCCGCUGCCUGGGGAGGGGAAGGACAAGAAGCUACUCAAGAGUGGUGGUGCAGACGCCUUCACCAGCUUCCCCACCCAGGGGAAGUUUCCAGAAUCCAGUAACCCUAGUGACCUUACAGUGGCCUCCAGGGGCUUGACGGACUUGGAGAUCGGCAUGUACGCCCUACUCUGCGUCUUCUGCCUGGCCAUCCUGGUCUUCCUGAUCAACUGCGUGGCGUUUGCCUGGAAGUACAGACACAAAAGGCUUGCGGUGAGCGAGCAGGGCAACAUCCCCCACUCCCAUGACUGGGUCUGGCUUGGGAACGAGGUGGAGCUUUUGGAGAACCCAGUGGACAUCACGCUCCCCUCUGAGGAGUGCACGACCAUGAUAGACAGGGGGCUGCAGUUCGAGGAGAGGAACUUCCUGCUGAACGGAGGUUCCCAGAAGCCCUUCCACAGUCAGCUGCUCAGACCUUCUGACUAUGUCUAUGAGAAAGAGAUGAAAAAUGAACCUGUAAACUCUUCUGGCCCGAAGAGGAAGAGGGUCAAGUUUACUUCCUACACCACCAUCCUCCCUGAGGAUGGGGGCCCGUACACCAACUCCAUCCUGUUUGACAGUGAUGACAACAUCAAGUGGGUCUGCCAGGACAUGGGGCUGGGGGACUCACAGGACUUCAGAGACUAUAUGGAAAGACUGCAGGACCAGAUGUAAACUCCUUUCUUAUGUUGUAUUCACCUUUAUGCCUUCUGUUUUCUGAACGGUGGAGCAGUGAGUCUGAUCAGCAAUAGGGUGACUUCGCAAAGCUGAGUUCGUGGAGGUCUGGAGGGGGCCCUUUCUAAGCAUGUUUCAGAGGCCUGGAGAGUUACGUCAGCUGGGUUUUAAGCUGGGAAAUGCCUCUAAAACAGCUACAUGUAGGGACUGGAGGAAUUCUAAGACAACAGUUUUGCCUAUAGCCUGGUACCAGCUCAGUGCAGGUAGAGUAAACCCGACCUCACAGACAUUGUUAGUCAUCUCAUGGCGAAUGGCUAUGUGUAGUGAGGAGAGAUUUGGAUGGUGAUUUUCCUGUUCCUAGACCUUUUAAAGCACAGUGGGCAGGUACAGCCCGUGGCCUGGGUUUGGACACACUGAGAGGUGACUGAAUGUAGCUAUCCUUAUUUGUUAGGAGUGCUGCUCAGUAUUUUUAUAUACAUUUCCACCUGCACCUGUUCCUUUGACCUCUGGAAUUUUUUUUGAAACAUGAAGAGAAGAAAUUUCAGUCUUUGAGAUCUGUGUGAUUUACAAAUUGAGUUUUAUUCCCUGGGAUUUGCCGCGUCACGUCAUUUCCUGGGUCUCCAUACAGGAUGUCAGGUUUUUCAAGUUUUGAGCACUUCUUUCUUUAGUGACAGCAUCUAAGAAGCUUAUUCUCACUUUCUUUUUCCUACCUUUUGCUGUUGAACUUUCUUGUGUAUGACUGGGACAGGGGUUUUGCUUAAAAUGUUGAUAUCCAGUGAGGGAGAGUCAUCUCUUUACAUUUUUCUAUGUGAAGUUUAAAACAACUUGGAGGAAAGUUGUGAACACACACAUUUAUUUUUGUCCUCUGUUUGCUAAGAAUCCUGGGGAGCUCCUGGAGUACACUGCUGAGGGCAGAAAGCCCCUAGGGAGCAGUGAUUAUUCAGGUUCUUUGUAGUCAACACAAUGUACCAUACAAACUGAAUCUAAAGGUAGAAUCCAUCUACAUUUGCGCUGAAGGGAAAUUGCCCAGGAAAUAGCUUCCAAUUAAACUUUCCAUUUUACCAGAAAAAAAAUUAAAUGAUGUUUCAAGUUAGCAAUACAUAUAGAUUAUCCAUACAAUAACUAACUUCACAGGUGUGCAUUUGUGGUAAAAGCAAUGGGUUUCCCCCAGAAUUCACAAAAAUAAAUGACUGUUCCAGAGCCCAAGAAGCAGCUAUUAUGAACAAACUAUAGCUAUUGAAAAAUCAAAGUGCUAAGAGGAAAAAAGUGAUUGUUGUAUAAUUUUUAAAUAAAAAUAUUUAGAAUCAUCAUGAAUCAUCAUCUCAAAGCAAGAAUUUCAGAUUAGCAAAAUGCGACAUUUUUAUUUAUUAAAAUGCUAUAGGUGGAAAAGCAGACACUGGACUAAUCUGUCUCAUUAUGAGUUAACUGAGCCAUUUGCAUCCCUAAGAAAUGGAAUUUGAAAGGCCCAAAGUAGGAGGCACUUGCAACAAGUCACCCUUACU